UCAUUGGCUGCAACAAGUUGCUCUAUAUGCCCGCGAAGGCCUGCUCUUUGCAUGGCUGCAUUGCAGACCCCUAAAACUGUCCCAAAAACUGUUGACAUCAGGCUGCAGCCAGGCUGCAGCCAGCUGCAGCCUUGGUGCGUCGGUGCUUUGUGCAAGUCGAUUUAAGCGAAAGGCCGUCCGCAUGUCGAUCCAGCUCCUUGUCAGCUUGUGUGCCACAGCACACGAAGAUUGAUAAAUUUGCACAAAGUCUCAACAGCUGCAUUUGCUGCAUAAGCAGAAGGCUUUUUGGGGGGAAAAGGGAUCCGCUCUGAAACCUCUGCUUGUUGUUAUUGUUUCCAGGGAAGCAGCCAUGCAGUCGAUAGGACUAAGAUUGAGAAGUGUGCUGCAGCCAGCUUUUGAUCUACACCACCUCCCCUGCACAGCGCGAGCCUUUCGAAUCCUGCCAGACCCAAAACGACCAGGGGUUUCUGAUCCAGGCGCGUCUGAUGAGAAGGGCACCGGUGAAGACGUGAUGAGACGCGAGGCGGAGGCACUUGGGCAGACCGGGAAGAAGGAGAAAGGGGAAGACCAGUCCUUUGGUCUUUCUGACGACGAUCAAAAGGCAGCAAGGGAAAGGGGAUACGACAAGCCACAGAUGUCCCGAGGCCAAAGUGAAAGUGGGGGCCGAACCAGCGAUCUCCGGAAGGGUGUGAGUAGGGGCACAGAGGAGGCGGAGAAGGAAGGCAGUGGGACUGAAGCGUCGAUGCGCGAACUGCGGCCGGAAGGGCCGGGGGAGAAACCGGAACUCAAGGAAGCAUAAUCAGCCGUGAGCAAGUCGUGACGAGCUUGUUGUCGUUUGUUGAAGGUGGCCUCAUGGUUUAUCCGGCACAAACCUGCGGUAUUGUGAAACGUUGUACGUAGAAUUAGGAGGAGAAACCGUCCUCACAUGUCUAAUGGUCAUCAUAGACGAGAAGUCUGUUGUAGUCUUGCGGAAUGAGAACCUUUCUUGCGAUGCAUUUUCAGCUGGUCAAGAUGUUGAAAAGAGCUGCCUUGGAAGGUCAGUCAAAGUAGUACACGAGCCGUUGAGAUGUUUUGACUAGGCAGGUUCUCAAACUCUUUACUCGUGAUAGUCGUCCCCUACCAUCUGAGUACAGUACCUGCGGAGCUCGUGUUGUCCCUCUGAGUCACGUCUCGGCAGUCUGUCAUUGUGAAUUUCAUUUGGAGUCUACCCGUCCGGAAGUUUAUCAAGUUUCCUGUUCAUCUGAUUAAGGCAGUAAGGAUAGUGUUUGGUUCCCAAAUGUACGUCUAAUCUAUGACGUACCAGAUGCACGAGGUCACGCACAGCCGUUGUUGCCAGUGCCGCGACCCUUCUGGUAGUUUCGAUCUGGGACUCAGUAAGUGAGUUCAGAAUCAUAAAAUCUUGGAUUCGUGGUGUGGUUGAAGUGACGGUCGAUGAGUGCCCUGGCG